UAAUACAAAGAGGAGUGUAAAACCUUAAAAUAGUGUUAAAUUAGUUAGCUCAGAAGUUCAGCUGGUCAGUUCCUACUACUACUUCUAAACGGUUUAUCUAGGGUUUUGGAAGGGUUUAGAACUCCUUCACUGUGUUCAAUGGCGUUAAGCCGCGGAAAACCCUACAACCUCCAAGAUUCAGGUUCGGAUAUUGAUGAAGAUGAAGAUAAUGAAUUCGAACCCGAUCAAGGUUGGGAUGACUGGAAUGAUGAUAAUAAUGACGACGAAGAAUCUGAGUUCAAGUGCUUGUUCUGUGACAUCAAUUUCUCUUCUUGCGAAUCCUUAUUUCAUCAUUGCAGUUCGAUUCACUACUUUGAUUUUCCUCAGAUUAAAAAGUGCUUAAAUUUGGACUUCUAUGGCUGCUUCAGGCUUGUUAACUACAUUAGGGUUAUGGUAGCAAAUAAGACUUGUUGGAGUUGUGGUCAUCAAUGCAGUUCUAUUCAAGAGCUUCUAAGUCAUCUUCAUGUGUCGAAUAUUUCUGAGGAGUUGAAGCUUAUGUGGGAUGAUGAUAAAUUUCUGCAACCGUUUAUGGAAGGAGAUUCUUUACUCUACAGCUUCGAUCAAGAUGGAGAUUUUGAUGAAGAUGAGUGUAUGGCGUCUGUUGAUGAGGAGGAACUUGCGCAAAUCAUGGGAGAUGCACAUAAUAUAUGCUUUGAUGAUGAUAUGAAAGUAGAUGCUGAUGCCUCUGGCACUUUGGCUUCAAGUACAGAAGCUUUGAAAGUCCUGGAUUGUUCCUCUAUUGCUGGCUCAUCGAGUGCAGCAGUGGUGAAUGGAGUUGACAUUGCAUGUGAUUUCUCUGAUAAAACGAAAAAGGAUAAAUCCCUAAGACUGUCGUUUGGUAGAGUUGCAGCAUCUGAGAUCAAGAAAGUGAAUGAAAAUUAUUUCGGAUCCUAUAGUUCCUUCGGUAUCCAUCGGGAGAUGUUAAGUGACAAGGUUAGAAUGGAGGCUUAUAGUCAAGCUAUUCUGAAAAAUCCAUCUCUUUUUUGUGGUGCUGUUGUUAUGGAUGUUGGUUGUGGGACUGGCAUACUUAGUCUUUUUGCAGCCCAAGCAGGGGCAUCAAGAGUUAUUGCAGUAGAUGGAAGUCAGAAGAUGGUUGCUGUGGCCACUCAGAUUGCAAAAGACAAUGGCCUUUUAUGGAGUGAGAGUACUUGCAAAGGUAAUAAGAAGAAUACUGCUGUGGUUGAAGUUGUACAUGGUAUGAUCGAGGAUUUGGAGAAGUCAAUAUCUAUUAAACCCCACAGUUUAGAUGUCCUGCUGAGUGAAUGGAUGGGCUACUGUUUGCUUUAUGAAUCAAUGCUCAGCUCUGUCCUCUUUGCCAGAGAUAGAUGGCUAAAGCCUGGUGGCGCAAUUCUGCCAGAUACUGCAACGAUGUUUGCUGCUGGUUUUGGAAGGGGUAAUACUAGUCUCCCGUUUUGGGAAAACGUGUAUGGUUUUGACAUGUCUUCUGUCGGCAAGGAACUUGUUAAAGAUGCUGCUGAACUUCCUAUAGUUGAUGUUGUAGAUAGUCAUGAUAUAGUGACUGAUACUGCAGUAUUAAAGAACUUCGAUUUGGCUACUAUGAAAAUUGAGGACAUGGAUUUUACUUCUAGCAUUGAGUUGAUUCCAAAGUCCGGUAGUGACACAAAAUCUGCAUCGACAUGGUGUCAUGGAGUUGUUCUAUGGUUUGAUACUGGUUUUACUAGCAGAUUUUGCAAAGAAAUGCCAGCCAACUUAUCCACAUCUCCUUACACAGAAAAGACACAUUGGUCGCAGACAGUUCUUACUUUUAAUGAACCCAUUGCACUUGGAUCUGAAAAACUCGAUGGAAACAGAUCAGACUCCGUAGGAACUGAUUCCUGCCCAGCCUUUAUGAUCGAGUUACGCAUUAGUAUAGCACGUGCAUUAGAGCACCGAGCCAUCGACAUAUCAGUGGAAACUUCAGCUAUCAGUCAUGAUCAUCAAAAGCGAGCUUGGCCUGUACAGAUUUUUAACCUCUCUUAGGACACUGGUAUGCUGUCUUUGUAAUGGUCUCAGUUGCCUUUUCUUUUUCUUGUUUCUCAGUUUUUAUAGUGAUGAUCCCCUGAUGCGGCCAUCCACAAAUUUUGUUUUCAAUUGUUGAACUUGAGUUCUAUCAGGGAUCUGCUUCAUUCUUUAGAAGUGUUAAAGCGUGUUUCACUUAACAGUAUAAGUCAAUUUCUGAGGGUAUAUUAAACAAAGAGCUUAUUUUGAACUCA